AACUAGGUCACACGGUGACGGUGAAUUGUUCAUCUGACGUUGGCAUUGUUUUAUUCUAGGAUGAUUUGACGCAAAGCAAUGAUUUCCCAAGAAGCACAAUCAUUUGAAUUUCAAUGAUUUGGAGCAUUUGUGUGUGUUGUUUUAAACAAACGCUUCAGUUUAUCUUAGUCAGCAUUGUAGUCUUAAAAUAAUCUAGAAUCUAUGCUGGUUGCAUUAUGAUUCUGGAUCCUAUUUCCGAGCGUGGAAACUCGGAAGUUCUGAGAGAAUCAUCUUAAAGUAUCAAUCAACGGGACGACGACCGAGUACCUGCCUGCCGGAAGACCAUACCGUGAUAAAAUCCGGCGGGAAAACAAAUUCUCAAGUGACGAUGACAUCGCGGACUCGAGGUGGAAAGGGAAAAGUAUUGCUGCCUUUGCUAUGUUCGUAGCCCCGGAUAACAAGCUAACCAGCAACAUUCAGAGCAGCAUUGUUCGGGAGAACAGUGUAUAUUAUGCGUCUGUAAAAACUUCUACCCUAGGUACCAUGUACCCGCACUGUACAGCAGGAGAAUUAACCAGUAGCUCGCUGAGUAGUUUGCUGUUAUGGAACCAGUCCCGCGACGAUAAAUUGGUACAUGAUAUAGGAACUCCGAAACUAUGGUUUUCCUUCAAAGACAGGAUUACUUGGUCUACACUACCCCAUCUGGUGAGAGGAAAGCAGUCAUAGACGGCGCAUGCUGGAAAUGGAGUACUUGAUUUGCCAUUGCAGUACGACGUGCUCAACGGUACGGGCUAAGAAGAGUAAUAUAGUUGCCUGUCAUCAAUUAGUUUAUUAAAUUGCUCUGAAAUAUAUUUCGCAGACGAAAAGUUAGUGACAUUCAUUAUCCUAAAGGAAGAAUGAAGUGUAAAAAGUAGUUACAAAUCAUUAAUUUUUUUCCAAAAAAUAUUGAAGGAUGGAAAAUAUAAUGCCAAACUGUCACUGUGCUGAACUGACGUUCGCGUGAACCAACCGCUUCAUCAAUGAUCUGUCAACGGGCAAAUUCCAAGCGCAGGCGAGAAGAGCUCAAUUCGGAAGAAGAACAGAAUAGUUCAUUUCCUGUUUUUCUAGCAGAGCAAGUGUUCGGGUGAAAAAGAUUGUAUCGUGUUACCUGUCUGUGAAGUGCGCAAGUGUAGUGAUAUUGUUAUUUUUCGAUGAUUUUGUUUUGUGAGUGGACAAAGCUUUAAGCGUUAAAAGCAAUGCGUCCUGCGUGCAGUGAAUUUCGUACAUAUACUUAUUAUUCGUGUUGUGUAGUUCAGUAUGAUUGUGCUAUGUUGUGCGUAGGCUAAAGCAAAGUGCGAAAGUCUCGGUAAACAGUCUGAAAUAUUAAAAAGCUGUCUAUUGAAAGAUGAAAUGGAAGAAUCUCGUGACAUUGACUAUACCCGAUUGCGAGAGGAAGUCAAUCUAGAGCUGGUUAAUGCAAUUGCUUUGUUAAAGCUAGUAAAAGAUAAGGAGUUUUGUAAUGAGGCAGAAAAUCAGUUAGCAAGACUGAAAGAUGUGAUGAUGGAGGACAAAAGAUUUAGAAUAUCCACUUUGCAAGAGUUUAAAAAAAUCAUCAGAAAAGGGGUGCAAAAAACUGUCUCCAAAUUAGUGCUGGAAAAUCCCACUCAACGAAUUAAUAGUGGUAUUUACGGGUCAAAUACACUGUACAAUGUACCGAAUGUGGAGGCAACAAGUUAUUUCAAUUCGCCAACUCAUUGCUAUUCACCUAAUGAUCGAUUUGUUACGAAUCCAGAGCAAAGACUAGCGUUAAAAUAUCCUAGGAAGAAAAUUUGCAAACCCUACUAUGACGGUACUACUAAUACUUCCGGAGAAAUGUCAGUGUCCCAGAAUUCAUUGUUCAAGCGAAGACAUGAAUUGAUUGUUCCACAACCACAGCCAACAACAUAUGGUGAAUAUAGAAGGAUGGCGCAGUAUCAAAAUUAUUUGAGAACUCAAAACAUGAUUCAGACUGUAACAGUUAACCGAGUCUCCAUAAACGAUUAUAAGCCACCCCAGUGUAGCCAGCCCAACGAUUACAAUGCCAGUGCAUCGAAACAAUUCAUCAACAGUGCCCAACAUUCAGCCCAAAUCGAUAGUUGUGAGUCAAAUUCAGCAACUAAUUCCGCCAAAUUGUAUAAGUCUAACGACAAUAAUAGUGAAGAAGCUCAAAACGAAAGCAGCAUAAAUGUUGAGCCCGUUUUGUCCGAGACUUCUGCUAAAACCAACCAGCAACAAAGUGAUGACGAUGGGUUAGUGACAGCCACUAAAGCCAUGAAACAGCAUAGUGCAAAAGUAAACUCCGUGACAUCCACAGUUACAACCACCCAACAACAAAGUGUUAAUGAAGACUCACUGACAGCCGCUAAAACCAGCCAUCAUCCAAGUGAUCAUGUAGAUGAAGAUCCAGUGCACGAUUCUGGAACCAGUAACACUACCACUACUCUCCUUACCGCAAAUGCUGAAAAACAAAAACCACUCAAACCGAAAAGUAAAGGAAAUCACCGUGAACUGCAUGAUCUACUUUCAUAUACAACGGAAAUUUUUCCGAAGUUAAUAGCAAACAGAACAAAAAGUGUCUGUGCUGAAGAGGAAAUCAAUAUGCAACUAUUACGAAAAUUUGGUAUUACUAAAAGAGUGCAAAUAGUAUUAGAACGAGUAAAUAUGUGUCCGAUUGUUUUGGAACAUGAAGAACCUGGACAAAUUGCACAACGCACUCGGAGCAAAUCAAUCGAUACCAGGAAAUGUUUGGGAGAUUUAGAUGCCAAAUCUAGAAAACUCGAGCCAGUUCCGAAUAAAAUAAGUCAUCGUCGAGAAUCAAAAGCACUAGAUGUGAAAGCAAUUACAUCAACAACUUCAGUCCAAAACAAAAUUUCUCAUCGCCGAGAAUCAAAAUCUCUGGAUGUAAAGAAGCUAACGGCGGCAACAUCAACUAGCCUCAAAGCUUCAAAACAAACUGCACGUAAAUCUUCAUCAAAACCACAUAAAACUGUACAUGCAGUAGCAACUAGUAUCAAAAAAGCAAAGGAAGUAAAACCAGUGAUUGAAAACGAUUCUACCGAAAUGUCAAGGAAAAGAAGAAAACCUUCUUCCAGUCCUCCACCAUCUUCCGCUAAGAGAUCUCGUUCAGUCACAAAAGAUUCAAAGAAUUUGCACAAAGAGGCCGAAAAGUUGCGCAACGUGGCCGAGCAGUCGGACGAAGAUGACGAAUCGACCACACUAUCGCCAAGCGAGGACUUGAAUCAUGAUGUGAAGCCUAACAAUGAUCCGGAUGUACAUUGUCGCAGUGAUUACAUGGAGAAAUGUUGUCUCUGUUCGUACAACGGAGAGCUGAUGGUUCAUCAUUAUGUGUAUAAUCAUCCAAAGAAGGCUGUGUAUAUUAGUCGUGUUGCUCCCGAGCAGGCCCGGCUAAUAAGAGCAGAUCCGUUGGGCAUUAGUGGGCGCAAGGCAAUUUCGCGGUAUGGUGAUCAGGAAAUAAUAGUAUUUCGAUGCCACUUUUGUGACCUACGGUUGAGUGAGUCGCAAGAGUUGUGGCUUGAUCACAUAUCUAAACAUACUGGCGAAUACCGGUACAAAUGUAUGCUGUGUCCAACUUUUGCUCGGCUGCCGGUGGAUAGAGUGCCGCAUCAUUCUAUCUGUACUAAUCCUUCCAUGCAGCUGUGGCAUACAUACGGAUUCCAGGAGAACCACUUGUAUGCGUACAUGUGUAACGUGUGCAACUUUGUACAGGUUCUGUCGGUCAACAUGAUGCGGCAUAUCCGGGAAGACCAUCCAGAGGCUGGGUCGAGUAAAAUAGGUUACACAAAAUUUAGCUUGGUGAACUUCAGCCUGCAGGAUGAUGAAGCUGAUCUGCCCUAUGGUGCCAUGAAGUUAGAACCCAUCUUGGACGAUACAAACAUAAUUUUACCAGAAAAUAUUAAGGAAGAAGUGGAACUCAUGUCUGCUGAGGACAGUCAGACUGACCCGUUACAAGCCGUCGAACAGGAGCAACCGCCUUUCGUACAGCCAGAAACUGUUUUAAUAAAACAGGAAAAUUUUACUGAUAGCCACGAUGAAUGCGAAACAAACGCAUUUGAAAGCAUCGAUGAAAACGGAACUGAUGUUAUGACUACUGUAAGCGCUAGUGCGCCACAAGAAACUGAAGGUUCGCUGUCUAGUCGAGUUCGUGUCAAGCGUCUUCCAGGUGACGUGCUAUCGGCAGAAACAGAAGGAAAAGGCCUGGCGAAAGUUUUAAAGACUACGGUUCCAGUAAAUCAUUCCCUCCCUCUCAAUAUACACAACAAUCAGAUGAAGCACCUAACCGGCGCUGCGCUAAACACAGGAAUACAGAGUAAUAAACUUGAAAAUGUUCCAAAAAGUACAAAUCAAGUGAAUCACUCGCCCAAGCCUCAAGCAAUCAACCAUCAACUUCAGCGAAGCAUAGCAUUGAGCCCCAAAAGUGUAUGCUCUGGCAAUGGGCAACGUCAGCUCUCUCUCGCAGCGUCAAUGGUACUUCUUAAGCCUUGGAGUGUAACAAAUGGCGGUUACAGUGGGAAGAUAUUGUCGAAAAAAUUAACUGUCCCCUUCUUGAUAGCGCCAUACAAAUGCACAGCAUUUGACUGUGGAUUUUAUACCGACAAAAUGCAAAUCAUAUGCACGCAUUUGCAAAGUCACCAAAAAACGGCUAGUAUGCAUCCGACAUUAAGCGAAAGUCCAUGGUUGGAAUGUUGCUAUUGCGAUCAUGUUGGAACAAAUGUGUUCACCUUAUUGCAGCACGUUCAAACUGUGCACAAGGACUGUGGUUAUCAGUGUGAUCGCUGUUGCUAUCGCAGCCGGGAUGCCAGCAAUGUCCGGGUACACCAACGGAACUAUCACAGCGAACACGACGCCGAGGUCAAGAUCUUAUGCAUACCGAAUCGACAAAAGGCGUUCGAACUGAAGGACAACGACAUCAUUGUGAAUGAGCUGCGAUCCAACGUGAAGGCUUUAAAGUGUUCAAUUUGUACUUCAAAGAAAUUUUAUGAUUUGAACGAGUAUCGCAAGCACAUAAUAUCGCAUAACAUGAGUUACAUGGCGUGUCAUGUUUGUGAUGAUCUUCUACCUCCUAGAGAGUUGAUCGAUCACAUCCAUGCACACAACAUCUACAUGUUUCAAUGUGUUUAUUGUGCUUUUGGUAGCAGUGACAUGCGAAACAUAAAGAAGCAUGUGGCGGACAAGCACCCUGAAAGAUUGUUAUGUUUUCACGUACGCACUUCAAAGCCCAAUGUUCCAUCAUUCAUCCGAGUGCAAGAGAAGAUAUCGCCAGAUCGUUUUGUACAUUUUAAGACAGGUUAAGAAUUAUUUUAUACAUGAGGAAGACAAACUUAUAAAUUUAAGUAUAAAAUAAGAAUAACUUUAAAA